AUGUCUCCAAAAACUAUCUUGCUGAUAUCACGACACGAUAUUCAAGGCGACAGCUCCAGCGCGACCAUUACUAAUUCCGAGUAUGUGGCAUCCUAUAGCUGGAUUGAGUCAAAAGCGCCUACCAUUGCCGUGCCGGGCAUCCCACCAAAGUGGAGUCCACUCGCUACACCACGACGACUUCCUAAAGACUGUGGACUGAUCUAUAUCGCCCAAAAUGCAGCGCGCCACCCUGAAAGUCCUUUGGAGCCUUUGUUCCGUGCACUCUUUUUGAUGAAACCGGAGUUUGAUGUACGCAAUGUUGAUCUCGUGAGCGAUCGGAACAACCUCCGCAAGCUCCUAACUUUUGUUGAUCCAUCAUCCAGUCGAAAUGGACUUGAGGCAUUUACCAUCAAUAUUGAGGUUCGAGGGAACACUAUUAUUUUUGCCCGGACUGAGUCAAAGACCAAAGAGGUGAUCUUACCACACGAGUUCAAGGGUUAUGGCCACGAGUUCGAGAAAGCCUACACUGAUUCCCCUAUCAAAAACAGCACCGGUCACCACCGGAUCAUCACAUACGGUUUCGCCGGCCUUAAACUGCUUGUGCGCUACGAAGUAGACGGCAAGAAGAGUUCAAAGAUGAACAAAGAGGGGGAUCUUGCUGAUCUCCUAGGGUCCAUGUCUAUUUCAGCGACUAUCGAUCCUUAUCCUCUCGUCAGCACAACGAACAAGCCAGCUACCUCUAAGCUUAUGAUCCAGGAGCAAGGUUCACAAGUGCCUGCUGAAUCCAUUCUUGAGAUCAAGACGCGCGUUGCUCACAAACUCAUCAAUGCCUCCGAUAUUGCACCUCAACUAUGGGUAUCUCAGACACCAAAGCUUGUGCGUGCUUAUCAUCGCAACGGCAUCUUUCAGCAACCACAGGUGGAGGAUAUGACCGACUAUAUUAGUGCAUGGGAGCGCAGGAAUCAGGAUAAAUUGAGGAAGUUGGCAACAUUGAUCAAGGAGAUCAUCUCCGCUGCAAAAAGGUUCGGCGGAAGUGCAGAAUUGAGAUAUGAAGGACUGGGAUACAACUUGAUGGUGAAGAAGGUUGAAAGAGAUUCAAUGUUGCCUGAUGAUCUACAUGCCCAUUGGUACAGUACCACGUCCUCCAAUGACAGCGACUAA